GCGGGCGAGGAGGGUUCCCGCAUCCUUGCGCAUCUUGUGCGGCUGCAGCGAGUAGGCGGGGAGGGUUCCCGCAUCGCUGCGCCCCUUGCGCGGCUGCGGGGAGGAACCGGGGAGGGUUCCCGCAUCGCUGCGCCCUUUGUGUUGCUGCGGGGAACGAGCGAGGAGUGUUCCCGCAUCCCUACGCCCGCUGUGUGGCUGCCGGGAGCGAGCGAGGAGCGGCUCCGCACCCCCGCGCGUCCGGGGCGGCUCGGGGCGGGCUCGGGGCGGGGUCGCGCAUCUCUGCCGCCCCUCGUGCGGCUGCGGGGAGGGAGCGAGGAGGAUCCGCGCAUCCCCGGGAAGGGGCUGAGCAUCCUGUGCCGGAGCCUUUCCCUUCGCCUCGGCGGAGCAGCGGCGCGGCCCGCGGGAGCGCAUGGGCCAUGUCGGAGGCGGAGAGCGGCGCUGCAGAUGCAGUUUCCACAUCUACUUACUCAUCACCAGCCAAAAGUUUGGGAGACCCUGGAAUAACUCCGCUGUCUCCAUCACAUAUUGCGAAGGACUCUGAUGCAGAUGAUGCCGUAGAACAGUUAUUUCUUGUUGUUGUGGCUAUUGAUUUUGGCACAACGUCCAGUGGCUACGCCUACAGCUUCACCAAGGAACCAGAAUGUAUUCAUGUAAUGAGACGAUGGGAAGGUGGAGACCCCGGUGUAUCCAAUCAGAAGACACCGACCACCAUCCUCCUAACACCAGAGAGAAAGUUUCAUAGCUUUGGGUAUGCAGCAAGAGAUUUCUACCAUGACUUGGAUCCCACCGAAUCGAAGCACUGGUUGUAUUUUGAAAAGUUUAAGAUGAAGCUACACACCACUGGUAACCUCACCAUGGAGACAGACCUGACAGCUGCAAAUGGCAAAAAAGUCAAAGCACUUGAGAUAUUUGCUUACGCUCUGCAGUUUUUUAAGGAGCAGGCGUUAAAGGAGCUCAGUGACCAAGGAGGCUCAGACUUUGAAAACACUGAAGUAAGAUGGGUCAUUACAGUGCCUGCUAUUUGGAAGCAGCCUGCAAAGCAGUUUAUGAGACAAGCUGCCUACAAGGCAGGAAUGGCAUCUCCUGAAAAUCCUGAGCAGUUGAUCAUUGCCCUGGAACCCGAGGCUGCCUCUAUCUACUGCCGAAAGCUCCGCCUGCACCAGAUGAUAGACCUGAGUAGUAGGGCGCCUGUCAAUGGUUAUAGCCCGAGUGACACUAUUGGAACUGGAUUUACACAGGCUAAGGAACAUGUCCGUCGUAAUCGACAGAGCCGUACCUUCUUGGUGGAAAAUGUCAUAGGAGAGAUCUGGUCUGAACUGGAGGAAGGUGAUCGUUACAUCGUUGUUGACAGUGGAGGAGGCACAGUGGAUAUAACUGUCCAUCAGAUAAGGCUUCCUGAAGGACAUCUUAAGGAGCUGUACAAGGCCACAGGUGGACCAUAUGGUUCUCUAGGUGUGGACUAUGAAUUUGAAAAGCUCCUGUGUAAAAUAUUUGGAGAAGAUUUUAUUGAGCAAUUCAAAAUCAAGCGUCCUGCUGCCUGGGUAGACCUGAUGAUAGCGUUUGAAUCCCGUAAACGGGCAGCAGCUCCAGACAGGACCAAUCCGCUGAACAUCACUCUGCCUUUCUCCUUCAUUGAUUAUUACAAGAAGUUUCGAGGUCACAGUGUCGAACAUGCCUUGAGGAAAAGCAAUGUGGACUUUGUGAAGUGGUCAUCCCAGGGAAUGCUGAGGAUGAGCCCAGAUGCAAUGAAUGCUCUUUUCAAACCUACAAUUGACCAGAUUGUUCAGCACCUGAGUGAUGUGUUUGAUAAGCCAGAAGUGACCAAUGUCAAGUUUCUGUUCCUGGUGGGUGGCUUCGCUGAAUCCCCCUUACUCCAACAAGCUGUCCAGAGCGCUUUUGGAUCGAGAUGUCGAGUCAUCAUUCCUCAGGACGUGGGGCUGACUAUCCUCAAAGGAGCUGUGCUCUUUGGUCUAGACCCUGCUGUCAUCAAAGUGCGGCGUUCACCUCUCACCUAUGGUGUGGGUGUGCUCAAUCGCUUUGUAGAAGGGAAGCAUCCACCAGAGAAGCUUCUAAUCAAAGAUGGCACACGCUGGUGCACUGAUGUCUUCGACAAAUUUAUCUCAGCCGACCAAUCCGUAGCCCUUGGAGAAACUGUGGCGCGCAGUUACACACCUGCCAAACCUUCUCAGUUAGUAAUAGUGAUCAAUAUCUAUAGCUCAGAACAAGAUAAUGUUAGCUUCAUCACUGAACCUGGGGUGAAAAAGUGCGGCACCCUCCGCUUGGAUCUGACGGGAACUGAUGCUUCAGUACCAAGCCGGCGGGAGAUCAAAACACUUAUGCAGUUUGGGGACACUGAAAUCAAAGCCAUGGCCAUUGAUGUUGCCACCUCUAAAAGUGUCAAAGUUGGUAUUGAUUUCUUAAACUAUUAACAGCUCAUUUUCCCCACCACAGCCUGUUUGUGAGACUGAUCUUUCACUGUUACGUUUUUUGACUUUCGUACAUCACGUAAUCAACUUGAAUUUCAGCAGGCUAUAGGAGAACAGCUAGUAAGGUGGGGUGUGUCAUAUUUGUGCCCUUUGAUGACCAAAGACUGGACUUUAAAAGGCCAUUAAAAAGUUUUGGGAGCAAAAGUUCCAGAGGUAGUAGAACAUUCCCUAUUUACUCAAGCAUGCUUAAAAGAUCUACCUUUAUUAAGUAAAUAUUGACUAUUGUCGGGUCCUGAAGAUUAGUUAAAAAGAUAUGACAUUGUAAUCUCUUUCCCUUGUUCUUCUUGUUCCUCCCAAGAAAAGCUCUAACCCAGGUGCUUGUUGUAGAGGGAGCAUGUCCGUGUGGGGUAUCUGUUUAAACAGCACCAUCCUCUGGCAAUGGGAACAGAGCAGUAGUCUUUAGUGUUCUUUUGAUUUGGCCCUAUGCUUUCAAAAUGUUAAGUGCUGAAAAUCAAUGACUUAAAGAAAGGAGAACCGAGUUUCUUAAAUUUUGAGAUCCCGCUGAAAAGAAAGUGCUUAAAAUUAGAUUUAGGAAAUAUGUAUAUAUAUUAGGUGGUUAAUAUUGAUUGCUGCAGUUUGAAAACAAAGCUUUUAUUGUCAAAGCUUCCAGAAUUAGCUGUUGGAUUAAAUAGGUAGCAUUAUACUUCGGAAAACUCUGAAGAACAAAACUAUUUCCUUUUGGGUCUUCUAAACUUAUUUUUAUUAAUCUGAAUGGGAAUCAUGGACUCACAGAAUAGUUGAGGUUGGAGGGGGCAUCCAUUAAUGCUCUGGUCCAACCUCUCAGCUGUAGGCAGUGUCAACUAGAGCAGGAUACUUUAUACAGUUUUCAGUAUCUCCAAAGAUGGAGGUGCCUUUUCCUGCAUUUGACAACCCUCAGUGUAAAAAAAGUUUUUCUGACGUUUAAAAGGAAUUUCUUGAGUUUCAAUUUGUGCCCAUUACUUCUUGUUCCUUCACUGGAUACCUCUGAGAAGUCUGGCUCUAUUUUCUUUACUGACUUCUGUCAGGCAUUUAUACGUGUUCCUAGCAUCCCCUGACCCUUCUUGAGUCCAAACUAUCUCAGCUCUCUCAACCUCUCCUUACAUAACAGAUACUGUAGGCCCUUAAUCAUCCUCAUGACCCUCUCCUGUACUCUGUCCACUAUGUCCGUGUAUCCCAGAGCUGGACCCAGCACUCAAGCUGCGGUCUCGCCAGGGAAUAAUCACUUUCCUUGAUCUGCUGGCAGUGCCCUUCCUAGUGCAGCCCUGGAGGUUAUUGACAUUCUUUGUUGCAAGGGCACGUUGCUGGCUCACGCUCAGCUUCGUGUCUAGCAAGACCCCGAAGCCGUUUUGUGCCAAGGUUCUUCCCAGUCAGUUGCACCGCGGCAUGUACUGGAGCGUGGGGUUGUUCUUCAGGUUCAGGAGUUUGCGCUUCCCUUUAUUGAACUUUGAAUCAUAGAAUGGUUUGCGUUGGAAGGGACCUUGAAGCUCAUUGAGUUCCAGCCCCCUGCCAUGGGCAGGGACACCUCCCACUAGACCAGGCUGCUCAAGGCCCAUCCAACCUGGCCUUGAACACUUCAUGGUGUUCCUCUCUGCACAUUUCUCCAGCCUGUCGAGGGCCCUCUGAUCCGUCUCGUUUAUCAAGCACUUCUCCAAAGGAUUUCGUAGAAUCGUAGAAUAGUUUAGGUUGGAUGGGACCUUAAAGGUCAUCUAGUGUUAAGAUUUGGAAGUACGAUGAUGACGGGUGUCCAGGGACAUUUGAACGAUUUAAGAGAAAAUGUCCAGAUCAAAAGUACUGUGAUAAAAUGUUUGCUACUCAAAAAGUAAUUGAGUAAAAUAUAUUUCUGGGUUGAGUUGAGUGUUCAGGAAAGUGGAAGGCAGAAGCAAAGAGAUUGAGACUACAAAUAGCAGCACAUAAAGCAUUUCUUACGUGGCUAUGAGCACACAGUGCUCAUGCAGAAGAAAAGUGGUGGUCAUGGUAGCAUCUUUUUUCCAAGAAUAACGACUUUCUUGAAAUGUUUUCUUACACGUGUUCACCUGGAAAACUUCUGCAACUGGAACAGUGUUUUCUUGUGGAAACCUAGAAUCUGUAUCUGCCAUGCAUUGACAGUUUAGGAUUCAAAUCCAAAUCCCACUCCGGGUUGGCAGACUGAUAGUAACCUGUAGAAUCACCCUAAAACGCUGAUGCUUUCAGAGCGUUUAUACAGAGCUGUCUGAUUACCUGCUGGAAUUCAUUACCUUUUUGAAACUUUGCAAUGUUAAUUGUUACACUAAACUUUCAUUUUUAGGUUUUUUUUUUAGUAAGUUAAGCGUGAGUUAAAUCCAUUACUGACACUUCUGGGAAAUGAAAGCUUUAUCAGUUAUUUCACUAAUUUGUGUUCCAAUCCUGCACUUAAGCUCUCUGUGUUUAGCCUGGAGUUUUGCCACAGUAAAGAGCUGCAGAACUGGUCUGCUGCAUUUUGCCAUUGAGUUUCUGUGUCUCCUGCAGAAUUCCCUAGUUGAAUGCGAUAUCUGUUCUGCAUUUAGCUUUAAAAAAAAAAAAAAGAAAAAAAAGAAAGAAAAGUCAAAAAAAAAAAAAAGACUGUGAAGAAUGCUAGCCAGAAUAUCCAGCUGGAUACUUUCUAUAAUUACAAAGUGUGCUUGCUGGCAUUCAGUUUCCUGCUGCCUGCUAAAUGCUUUAAAAGCGAAAUACUGGGAUUUUUUUGUGUGUUGCUUUUCAUGGUUUACAAACAAGAGAAACUUUAAGAUGAGUUAUGAACAAUAUAAUUUUAUGUAUAUACAAUAUUUAAAUAUUGUACAGACUCUUUCUUUCUACAGUGCUAUUUUCUUGUAUAAAAAUGCUCUUUGCCUCUGUUGGUUUCAUUCAGGUGUUAAUUUGAAAUAACAUAGUUUCUCAAUCAGCUUCUGUAAUUAUAGGCUUUUAAAGAUGGUAAGAUAUGAAAUGUAAAAGGCUGAUCUUUUAAUAACAGGAAAGAAAUAUUGGUGUGUCAGAGAAUACAACAUUCUUCCUGCAAUGCAAGUCAUACCAGUUAAGCGUAUAACACAGACGCACUCGUGUGUUGCUGGCGUUUUCAUUUCUUUGUUUCAGAUGGUGACCAUUCCAUCUCCAACAGUUCAUCAUAAUAAUGGACGAAUCCUCCUGUAAAAACAAGUUAAAAUUUUGACUGUAUGAUCUAGAUGCGCAGCUUCUUCACUAGGUUUUGGAGUUUUAUUAAGGAUCUUCCCUAGUUUAAAAUAAAGCAAACGCAAAACUGCUUUCUGAAGCCAGGCAACACUGUUAGUAGCUGCAGGUGAGACCCCGUCCCUGUGUGCACCGCUACCACAUACUGAACCACAAAAUUCAUAAAGAAAAAUAGGCUUGGGUGUCCUUGCAUCCUGUGUUAAACUGAAUGGGUCCAAUCCUGCACGGAUUUGUUUCUGGUGGCCUUAGGUUAACACAGAAUUUGGUCUAAUAAAUGUCUGCGAGCCCCUACUCUCCCCCAAAAGAGGAGGUGAAGUGCAAGGUCAGGGGACCCAUGAUUUUGUGCUGUUUUCAGCCUGCAAACAGGGAACGCCAAGGAUGUUUUUUGCAGCUCUUUUGAAGCGUAGUUCCUUGCACGGUAGUGAUUCUUUGCCCUUUCUUAUUCCCCUUUUGUAAGAUCCCGUCUGAAUCCCAGCAGGGUUUUGUUGCUGAAACGACUCCACUGUAACUGUAAAAUAAGAUGUUUGCAUAGUUUUGCACUUCCUCGUUCAGUCUGAUGAGAGCACUAUCAAGCUGAUCUUUGCAGAGCACUGCACUGAACAAACUCCCAGCUGUCCCCGUUGCCCUCUUUAAAUCUAAGAAUGGAAAAUUAGCUUGUCUAACGAAUUAGAAUCGUAAGUAGAAUAUUAUGCUGUGGUCUGUAGUCUAUAACCUGGUUAAACAACUUUACGUUGUAAGCGGCAUGUGGAUGCCCGUUUUGAUAAAGGAUGUUAGGCUGUAAAAUUAAUAUGAAAUUUAUUAGCAAUUGUCAUUUUUAGAAUAGGAGUGCUGAUACUUUGGCAGGAGAUUCCCUGUAGAGCAUUUUCUUGGUGGGGAUUUCAGAUGACAUUGUGUGACUUGAAAAGGCAAGGCCUGUGACCUUAGGGAAAAUAGAAGGUCUUGGCAGAAGCUUUGUUCUAUGCAGCAACUUGCAAGUUGGGGGUCCAAAUACUUAACUCUAGGCUGAAAGUUAGCAGCUGAUUGUGAUGGAAUGAUUAAUUGUGCUAGACUAUGAUAAAUGUGCGGUGAUGGUUAGGACAGUUGACAUUGGUAUGAAUAUACCAAUACUUACAUACAGGAGUUUUAAUGCAUUAUUAUGAGAAGGCUAAUUAUAUAUUGCAGAGAUUUAAUCGCCAAGAUAAGCUGCGUAUUUAUGAUAUGAAGUGGCUUAAGCGGAUGAAUAGUAUAAAAGUUGUUGGGCAUAACGUCACAGUACUCACCUGCUUGAAAUAGACUUAAACUAUAUUAUAAAACCAACCAUUGUGGUCUUGUUCACCUCUGUGCAAGAUAAAUUCAGAUUUCACUGAUGUUUGGAGCUGUUCACAACUUGUCUGGAUUGUAUCUUGAGUGUUCUUGUGUCUUCAAUCAUGUCAAAUAAAAUACUG